AGGGCGAAAAAAAUGGUGACCAGAGCUUCUUCUUCGAUAGUUGCUUCGCUUAAUCUCUCUCUGAAAACCACAUUUGCUCCCAAAUUUCAAAAUUUAGGGUUUUUGGGUCACAGGAUUUCAGCUUCGCCAUUGGUUUUUCCCUGCUCAAACAACUCUAAAUGCUGCUCUAGAAUGCUGGGUUCCUUUAAAUUUAGCGUGAAGGCUGCUUCUGCUGAGCCCCUCAAGGACGCCAAUGAACUCAUCAACUCUGUGGAGACCUUCAUCUUUGAUUGCGAUGGCGUUAUAUGGAAGGGCGAUAAUCUUAUUGAAGGUGUCCCAGAAACUUUGGAUAUGCUAAGAUCCAAGGGGAAGAGAUUGGUCUUCGUCACUAACAACUCGACCAAGUCAAGGAAACAAUACGGAAAAAAAUUUGAAACGCUUGGUCUUGCUGUAAACGAGGAGGAGAUAUUUGCAUCAUCUUUUGCUGCGUCAGCGUAUUUACAGUCUAUCGAUUUUCCCAAGGAUAAAAAGGUCUAUGUGAUUGGGGAGGAUGGUAUUUUGAAGGAGCUAGAGCUUGCCGGGUUUCAAUACCUUGGUGGCCCGGAUGAUGGCAACAAGAAGAUUGAGCUGAAACCUGGAUUUUAUAUGGAGCACGAUGAGAAUGUUGGGGCUGUUGUAGUUGGAUUUGAUCGUUACUUCAACUACUACAAAGUUCAGUACGGGACAUUGUGCAUUCGUGAAAAUCCAGGCUGUCUUUUUAUUGCUACAAAUCGCGAUGCUGUUACUCAUCUCACAGAUGCUCAAGAAUGGGCAGGUGGUGGUUCCAUGGUUGGGGCGAUUCGGGGAUCAACUCAAAAAGAACCAGUUGUUGUGGGGAAGCCAUCAACUUUUAUGAUGGACUAUUUAUCAAAAAAAUUCAAUAUUCUCAAGUCACAAAUAUGUAUGGUAGGAGACAGAUUGGAUACAGAUGUCUUGUUCGGACAGAACGGUGGCUGCAAGAGUCUUCUUGUCCUCUCAGGUGUGACCAAUUUGUCCAUGCUUCGAAGUCCAGAGAACCCCAUACAGCCAGAUUUCUACACCAGCAAGGUUUCUGAUCUUCUCUCUCUUACUGCUGCAUCUGUUUGAUCUUUCAGGCCGCCUCCGUUGUAAAUCAAUCUUCUACUUGCUGUAAUUUAUGUGACCACACCCUUUCUUCACCAUAUUCUUUUGAUGUCAUUGGUCUAUUGCAGAAGGGCAAUGCCUUACCAAUAAAUUAUCAAUUUUAUUGUCUAUCUAUAUUGAAAUACAUCAAUAAUAUGUCAUUGGUUUGGGUUCAGCAUACCA